GAACAUCACCAACGAUAACGAUCUGAAGUUCUAAUCCAUCUCAGAUCAAGCAGCCCAGCAAUCAUCACAAAUUCAACCAAGUCGACUUACAUUGAACUUGCUAACGUCGAAUCACGCACGAUUCCUUCCAUCGAGACGAACACGGCGAAUUUCAAGUCGAAGCACCAACCGGUCCCUCGCCUCACGUAACAAACGAACCCCCACAACAUCCGCCCGCGGACGACGAGUCCAAACAGCCAAGAUGGCGCUCGACAACUACUACCACAACAAGAUAGAGGCGAUGAAGCUUGAGAUUCUCAAAGGCCAGGCUGUACUCCGAAGACUCGAGGCUCAGAGAAAUGACUACAACUCGAGGGUACGACUAUUGCGGGAGGAGCUAGGCUUGCUUCAACAGCCUGGCUCCUACGUCGGCGAAGUUGUCAAGGUGAUGGGCACAAAAAAGGUCUUGGUCAAGGUACAUCCAGAGGGCAAAUACGUGGUCGAUAUCGCCGACAGCGUAGACAUCACAAAGCUCACAGUCGGCAAGCGUGUAACCCUCUUGUCGGACAGUUACAAGCUCGAAAAGAUGCUCCCAUCUUCCGUCGACCCACUGGUCUCACUCAUGAUGGUCGAGAAGGUCCCCGACAGCACAUACGACAUGAUCGGAGGUCUCGACCAGCAGAUCAAGGAAAUCAAGGAAGUCAUCGAGCUUGGACUGAAGCACCCAGAACUCUUCGAGAGCCUUGGUAUCGCACAGCCCAAGGGCGUCUUGCUCUACGGCCCGCCCGGUACGGGAAAGACACUGCUGGCGAGAGCCGUCGCGCAUCAUACCGACUGCAAGUUUAUCCGUGUGUCUGGUAGUGAGUUGGUGCAAAAGUACAUUGGUGAGGGUAGCCGAAUGGUGCGCGAGCUUUUCGUCAUGGCCCGUGAACAUGCGCCUUCCAUCAUCUUCAUGGACGAAAUCGAUUCAAUCGGAUCAUCUCGUGUUGAGGGCACCAGCGGUGGCGAUUCGGAGGUGCAGCGUACCAUGUUGGAGUUGCUCAACCAGCUGGACGGGUUCGAGCCUACCAAGAACAUCAAGGUCAUUAUGGCGACGAACCGACUUGACAUCCUGGACCCUGCGCUCCUGCGACCUGGUCGUAUCGACCGCAAGAUUGAGUUCCCUCCACCAAGCGUGGAGGCUCGUGCCGACAUUCUUCGCAUUCACAGUCGCAAGAUGAACUUGACGCGAGGUAUCAACCUCACUAAGAUCGCGGAGAAGAUGAAUGGCUGCUCUGGAGCCGAGCUCAAGGGUGUUUGCACAGAGGCGGGCAUGUACGCCCUGCGCGAGAGGAGGGUGCACGUCACACAGGAGGAUUUUGAACUUGCCACGGCCAAGAUUCUGAACAAGCAUGACGACAAAGAGGUCUCACUCGGAAAGCUCUGGAAGUGAUUACUGCAUGCCAAAUAUUACGGGGUUAUUUAUUCUUACCUCACUGGGUCAUUUGGUCUCUGGUUCCCGCAGUGCGUCGGUACUGGUUAUACCCUGUACGAUGGAUACAAUAACUUUAGACGGUGGGAUGUGGGCGUUAAUAAACCAAAAGCAUUGAGGAAUGACAUCAGCAACGUGUUUCAGGAAGCGCAGAGUGCGAUCGUUGAGCGGCAAACCAAGUCCACCUGUUGCGUGGGGGACACCAUUAACAUCACAGGACAGUUGUUUUUCCUAGGCCCCAGCUUUCCCCAGAAGUCAA